GUAUUUGAGUCUAAUGAAGAGUCUGGAGACAUCACCCUUAGCAUCUUAAACACAGGUCAUUUUCUCAUCUGUCAAGGACAUACAUUGCUGGAAGGUUUCUCCCUAAAUUCAGCAAAAACAUGUCUAAAGAUUGGAAAGAAAUCUGAUUGUCUUCUCUUUGGGUCUAAAACAAAAGAGGAGUCACGCAUGUUUCGAAUUCAAUUCAAAGGGGAAUACAAGGAGAAAGCCCUGGAAAAUUGUGACAGUUGCUUUCAGAAGCUCCAGUGUUAUUUGGGAGACCAGAAUGAGGCUACCAGAGAAUCAAUCCAAAGUUUUCCGUAUCAGAAGAUUGGAAUAACUCAGGUUGCACAGUCUCUUCUGAAAGGAAACAUGGCCUGUCUGGGUGCUACUCAUCAGAACCUUUCGUUUAGUACAGCAGAUCUUGGUCAGAUUAUCAAGCUGUGUCUGCUGGACCAGCACUUCCCAGCAUUUGUUGAGGCUGUGGAAAAUGAACUACACAAACUCUCAAAGAACUAACCGGAGCAAAAUAUAGCGCACAGGUACAAAACUCUUGUUUUAGUCACUUUAUAUGUUAAAUUUUUUGCCACACACAUUACACUUCAAUUGCACAAUCCAUGGGUUCAUGCAACUAGAACAUUCCCCCACCCCUUUUGCCCAGUAGAAGAUAUUACAGCUCUGAUAUACUGACACAUUUACAUCUAGUUGCAUAGAAUAGAACCAUGCUAUAAAGAACAAUGUAAAAUGUUUAAAUAACCCAAAUUAACACAAACCCCCCUCAAAACAAAAGAAAAAAAUAUAUAUAUUAUAACUUAUAAAAAUUCUGCCUGCUAGAAUGUACAUUUUGGACAUAACAGUGCAAAAGGAUUUAAUAUACAUGAUUGAACCAAUGUUCACUUAUAAAGCAUCCCACCUAUAUAUAU